AUCAUAUCACUCACUUACAUGUUAUUUGGCAUUUAUACAUACUUUUCUUUCUUGACCUUGUCCACUUGCUUUGAACCUAUAAGUAUAUGCUUGGCAUACAUUUUUUGACAUCAAAAUUCUCAAAUGGCUCCAAAAACUCUCUUUGGCCUCCUCAUCUUUCUCUUUCUGCUUGUUUCUUCCACUGCUUUUUCCUUCACAUUCCAUGGCUUCAAUGAAAGCAAUAUCACCCGUGAAGAGAAAGCAAAGAUUGACAACCAAGGUAGACUUGAGCUUACAAGAAGAGAAAACAAUAUUGUUGGCCAUGCAUUCUACAACGAAUCCAUCAAAAUACUUCACAAAACUGCUUCAGUCCAGCCAAAGGUUUUCUCCUUCAGUACAUGCUUUGUUUUCUCAAUUGUGUCACCAAGCGCUGGUCCUGGUGGCUUUGGUCUUGCCUUCACAAUAGCUCCUUCAACACGAUUCCCACAAGCUGAAGGUGGCCAUCUUCUUGGUCUUUUCAACUCCUCCAAUGAUAUGAAAUCCUCAAAUCACAUCUUAGUGGUUGAGUUUGAUACAGUUAAUGGCUACAAAGAUGACACUGACACUGUAGGAAACCAUGUUGGGGUGAACAAAAAUGGUAUGUCCUCAAAUAUAUCCGAGCCUGCUGCUUACUUUGUAGAUGGCAAAAAGGAAGAGUUCAACAUGGAGAAGGCUGACGCUGUUUGUGUUUGGAUUGAAUAUGAUGGUGAAACAGAAAUACUGAAUCUCACAAUAUCCCCUUAUUUGGAACCAAAACCAAGCAAACCUCUUAUAUCUGAGGCUGUUGACAUCAAAUCUGUCAUGAAGGAGAGCAUGUUUUUUGGUUUCUCUGCAUCAACAGGUAAGAGGAAAGCAAGUGCUCAUUAUAUUCUGGGGUGGAGUUUUGCAUUAAAUGGGAUUGCCCCUCCAUUAGAUUAUGCACUACUUCCAAAGCCACCACCAAAGGAGAAACACUCACAGUCUUUUCCUUGGAUCAAGGUUAUAAUUGGCAUGUUGUCUGCUUUGACAUUUAACUUGUUGUGCCUUUUUCUUUAUGUGACACUCUAUAAGAGAUACAUGGUAUUUGAAACUCUUGAGGACUGGGAAAUGGAUUGUCCUCACAGGUUCAGAUACAGAGAUCUUCACCUAGCAACAAAGAGGUUCGUAGAGAGCCAACUAAUUGGAGUUGGAGGCUUUGGUUCUGUGUACAAAGGGGUGUUACCCAGAACAGGAACUGAGGUUGCUGUUAAAAGGAUCCUGAGAACUCCAGCCAAAGGAAUGAGGGAAUUUGCAGCUGAGAUUGAAAGCUUAGGAAGAUUGAGGCACAAGAAUUUGGUG